UUAGAUAAAUCUUCUUGCUUCCCCUUUCUUCUUUCUCUGCUCUUCAGGGAUUAGGAUGUGCCAAGCCAUGUUGGCUUGUUGUGUGUUUGUGUAGGUGUGUGGUGUUUGUGCAUCUCCUCACUUACACAACAGUAAAUACAUACCUAAUUUUUCAGUCCAGCACAAAUGUACACAUCAGAUAGUACACAUACUAUCUGAUGAGGACAGUGUCAUUGUGCUAUCUGAUGAGAAUAGCAUCACUUACAUUCCGUGCUAGUCAACUGAGGCUGCACUAUAUUUUUCAAGCUUAUAUGAAUUGGUAAUGAGUUGUAGAGAGAGAGACAGUCACUGUGUGUUGACGAAAUACCUCCCUGGAAGAAUAAUUCUCAGAAAUAUCUCUGUUACAUGAUUUACAGCAGCAUCAAUUAAUAGAAACAAGAUAUACACAAUUUUCUAAGAACCUAAUUUCCUGUCAGCUUUUUAAACUAUAAAGAACUAUAAAACUUUUUAUGACUGCUCAGGGCUGCACAUUUCUUUGGGAGAGAAAUUGUUUAAAUUAUAUUUUAUUUAGGUUUGUUGAAAAGCAACCAUGUCUCAACAUAUCCAUAAGCCACAAUUUACCAUCAUAGAGGUCAUAUUGUUGUCUUUGCAAGGGUGAGGAGGUGUUACAAAAGUACAAUACAAUGGAAAAGGUUACCUGAUAAGACCUGGCGCCAUAAUGUGUGGUGUGUUUAUUUUAGUGUCAAGCUGAAUGUUUUAGGGUAGCGUGACCUUAGCUACCUGCAGCGUUGAGGACAAGGUGUUUUUAGCCAAUUAUCCUGCUCUUCCUCUCUCUCUGUCACCUGUAAAGUAAACCAGAAGUAAACACAUUUAAAUAGUCUUUCCAGGCACAAGGAUGAAACUGACAGGUAAAGAUUUGACUCAGAAUCACAACAAGCAAGUUAAACUUUGACAUAACAUUCUUCAGUAAAACAAGCUUAUCUACCAGGACCUAGACAAGACACGUUGUCGAUAGAGAUACCAAACCACUUUGUUUAUAUUGUGCGGUCUGAAGGAUGAGAGAUGUCUAGUGUGUGUGUGUGUGUGUGUGUGUGUGUGCAUGUGUGUUCAUGUUUAUUCCUUAACUUGCAGGCUGCAAGAGGGUAGCCUGGUAUGCAAAAACAAGAUCAUGGGAAUAAAAACAAUAGUCAGGAUCCGUGAGGUGUCAGUGACGACUGUGGAGAGGUGGGAGGACGAUUCUGGGUUCCAAGGUCAACAAGCUAAGCCUCCUGCAACACACAUUCACAUUUAGUGGUAAUGUAAUAGUGACAUGACCCUCGACCCAUGUUAAUACAAGCUGGGGAAUCAUGAAAACAGCCCAUUCUUCACUUAAGCAAACUACAUUAUAUUACUCUAGUGAACCUCAUAAAGUUAGAUGUAUACAAUUGACCUCAGUGCUCACUCUAUAGCGCUAAGGAGAUGAUCUCACAAGCGAUAUGUCUUCAGAAAACAUGUCUCUUAAAAAACUUUGGGUCAGUGCAUGCCUGUGUCUUCAUUUGUGUAUUAACAUCUGUGUGUUUGUUUAAUCUGUGCCCACUAGACUCCAUGUUUACAGGUUAAAAUGUGUGUGAGCAUGCACAUACCUGUAUACAAAUCUGUGCGUGUGGUUAAGAGGUUGUUUAGGCCAUAAAUCACACUUCCCCUUGCACAUACCAUUAUAAUCUCACAUAGAGCAUACACCACUAUACGCUCUCCCACACAAUCAUACUCUCCUACAUGUACCAUUUCACCCUCUAUUGUGAUAAAUGUGAGAAUACUGGUCUGUAUGAGAAAAAUUGAUGUUGUUUAUAAAAGAGGAUUAUUCUGUGUGUGAGUGGGACUGCAUAUACAGCAUGUCAAAGAGAACAGUAGAGAAAGAGAAAGAAUGAUAGUGUUUGUGAGAGAGAAAAGUGGUGUGUGGAUUAAUUUAAUAGUGUGUGUGGACACUAUGAUAGUGUAUAAAGUCUCACAGAAGAGUAAGAAGAAAUAACACAAUCUUACAAUAACAAUAUGUACUGAAAAACAAUCAAAUGAACCCUACUCAGUACUCUCAUGGGUUUUGUUGCUAGAGUCUCACUUAGCUUAUGGCAGCUAAUGGCAAAUUUAAGAUAGAUAUUGCUGAAAAACUGACAUUACUGAGUUUGUUUACUGACUUUAUGACUCUUCUCUUCUUGUGGUACUGUUUCAGUAAAUUGUUUCAUGUCACAGAUAAAUAUUUCAAUGGUUUCAUUACAAACAUGAAACAGAUAGUAGGCCUACAAGGAAAUUCAAUGUGCCAUUAUUUUGUAUCCAACUUUUGUUCAGCCAAAGUCACAUAGUCUCGCUUUAAGGACAACUUAAAAUUCACUUUGUUUUGCUAAAAUGAUAGGUAUGAUAUAGGUAUGGUAUAGGUAAUGAUGGUAUACGUUUUCUGAUUAUUUACCUUGUCUCCUUCUUGAUGCAUAAGGCUGCUGUAGCCGAUGUGAGUAUAAGAGAGUAUGAAUGUGUGUGUAAGAGUGAGCAUGUAAGAGUUUAUAGUGCAGUACUGUGUGUGGGACAGUAAAGUGGUGUAUGUGCCAGACCGUGAUGCAGUGUGUCUGUGAUAGUGAGGAUGGUGCUAACAGUGCAGCGGUGCUCUUAAUUACAGUCCUCCCCAGGAACCAGCUGGAAUAACAUGGAGGAUUAAAAAACCUGAGGUGCUGAGGUACACAACACUGCAGUACAUUAGAGAGCCAAUGAAAUGUGCUUGUUGGAGCCUAGGAGCUGCUGUGUGUGUAUGUGUGUAUACUGUGCAUACUUUCAUCUACACUUUUCUGCAUUUAAGUGUGAUGAUAGCUUAGUGCCAAUAGUUUAAUGAGCAUGCAGACACCUGACAAAAUUCCUGUAAUUCUUAGUUACGAAUGAGAUGAACUAGUGAGUAAUUUGUGUAUGUAAUGCUGAUCCAUUAGCAUCACUUGGCAAGGAGAACUUGUGUAACUGGUAGAUACAGGACAGUAAGUAGCAGAUAUUAUGUUUAAUAACAGUAAUAACUGAUUAUUAAAACUGUCGCCUAUGCUUUUUCUUUUCUUCUUUUAUUAUUUUUCUGUUAGUAUCUCUUAAAAUAAAUUAUCUUUUUCCUGGCAGCAUUGGGCAACAGGUGAACUACAACAGCUUUUAUGAUGCAUUGUUUACAGUUAUUUGUUGUAAUUGUUGAACAAUGUCAGUCUGACAAUCACGGCUACUGGCCUCCAUUGUUAUUAGUGUUAUCCUUUGGGGGUGAGUUAUGGUCGCCUCUGUCCUGUAAUUAUGUUUCUCCUUCCCCUUGGUUGUGGUGACAGAUGAUAACAGCCGUGGAAAACAGUGAAGGAAACCUCCUCUUGGAAGAUGAGGAAUGAUGGCAGUGACAGGGAGACAAUCCCAGACCUGGAACCACAGAGUGUGCUGCUCUCCUGCUCUGUUCACCUGCACUCAGGGGCUCUGUGGAUAUGGAGAGGGAUGGUAGGACAUCCAAGCCUCCCACUGUCACUUGAUGUCUAUGGAAAAUGGAUCAGAUGAGUGGACAAGUCCACUUCCACACUGCUUCCCGCCAGGGGAGCUGAGCCAAGUCCAUUUACUCUCUCAUUCAUGCCUGUUGUGAUGCUGUCAUCUUUAUUCAGUAAGGGUCUCGCCAAGAACGGAUGAAGCAAUCAAGAAUGAUGCAAUGUUAAACUGAAUACGUCGGGAGGACUGCCAUCCUUUGUCCACAACCGAUCUCCAAAGAUAACAGGAGGAUAUACGCAACACAAAUGUGAACAUGGAUAAAUACAAAUGCAGGUAAAAACAUCCUGCCACAGUACAGAAUCCAUACUGGGCCAUAGGAUGUGCUUAUCUAAUGACACAUCUGUUUGUGUGUAUUUUUCAGAGAUCAUGUUGGAACCACAGCUUUUGAAGAUAUACUAUUUGUUGUCUUAUCUUUAUUUUCAUUUUAUUUAGAAUGAAAUUAAAACCCUGUGGUGUUUUUGUGUCUCUUCUCGUCAGUCAGGGCAGUGUGUUCAAUGUGUCUCUGACCUGUAGGAUGAUGGCCUCCCCUUGUGUUCAAUGUGCACAACUACAAAUCCAACAGCAGGAGCAGUUGGCAAUAUAAUAUAUUCAGUAGUUCAACCAAUCGUUUAAAUUUGGUCCAACUUUCAGCUUUGACACACUUCCUGUUGUGGCCUGCUUCCUCCUUUCACCAGUCUCAAAUGGUUUAUUCUCUCUUCGACAAAAUGACCUUUCAAACGCAUCUAAUUCCUGCCAUGAUUAUGGCAUUUUGUAUGGGAAUAACUCUAGGAUGCCCUCAGAGAAACCUUUCCUGCAACGAUAUUAAGACUUCUGACGGAUUCAAGUUCCCAUAUGAAGGGCCUGAGGGAAGUGAGAUUUUCGUGCAUUAUAAUGAGAUCGUGAUUGCUCAUGCUCUGCUAGGCAAUCACUCUUUUACGUAUUUUAAUGAAGUGAUGAGCAUGGACAGCCAUUCAGUCAUCACAAGAGACUGCCGAGACCUGCAAGUAAAAUGCAUAGUUCCUGAUGGAGAGCACUAUGUGAAAGAGACCUGUGUGAAUUAUAAAAUUACUGAGAAAAUGAAGAAUCCAGAUCCCAAUGAUUUACCAACACAAUGGGGGCUCAUCAUUGGUGUAACAUUUGUUGUGAUAGCGAUCCUUGGGAUCAUCUCCAUACUUUGUUGUUACCUGUCUUGGAAAAAGGAAUUGAAACACCAUAGAGACCAGGAGGUCACAGUUGAUGAUUUGGAGACUCAGCACAACAAUGGUAUCAGGCUGAGUGAAAUACCUUCUGCCACCGAUCCACGUGGAAGUGGUGAAAAUGAUAUUGAGGAAGAUAACACACUUGGAAGCGUGCAUGUUCACAGUAUUGAUCCUAAGGCUGAUUGCAAGACUCCUCAAUCCCUUAGUCUGGACCGCAAUUUGAGCAAUGAGGGAAUCCAGCCGCCUAAAAAUGGAGACACAAGCAGUGCCUCUAAUCAUCGAGCCAUGCACAGGAACUUGAGGGAUGAUCCAGGAGGAGUGAAUGACAACAAAGGAAAAGACAUUGUUAGGAUAAGGGAAAUGCAUGGUGAUGGUGGUCCUGAAGAUCAUGACAAUGAAGGACAACCUCUAUUGUCUCUAUUCCUUGUUGUUUCUGUCUCCAGAGCUGCCAUCCAAAUUUUUGACAUGACAGGUGAAGCCGCAGUUUUGGUGAACAAGCACGGCUUUGACCCAGACCAGGUCAGCGGGUGCUCUACUGCACCACAAUUGUUUUGUUUGCUGCAGGACACUGACGUGGAGUCAACACACAACAUGAAGAAUUAGUAUACAUAAAUACAUAUUUAUAAUAAUAACAAUAAUAAUAACCUAUAUUAUUUAUAUCAAGUUUUCUCACAGUCUGGGUAUGUGGCACAUUUACUGGCAUCUCCUUUGUGAUCAAGUCCAGCACUUUUGUUUAAAUAAUCAUUUUCAUGCUUUGCUCUUUUGAUGAGCAUGCUGUCUUUUUUCACAGUGUUAGAAAAUAUAUUUUUUAUAAGCCCUAUGUGCAGAAUUUUAUAUGAUUACAACAUCCACACCGGUGGAAACUGGUGUUGACCAUGCGUUGCUUUCAGCCUAUUCAUUGAUAUAUGAUGACAGAUCAGAUAAGACAUUAAUUUAAGAUGAACAUUACCUAUUACAUUUUACCAAAAUAUUAAAUUACCUGACAGUAAUCACAGUAGAGGUUGACUGAUGAAAGGGAAAACACUGGUCUCAUAAAAAAAACAAAAACAAUGAGAAUAUAUAAGUGGAUGGCUUGACCAAAGGAUGGGUGGACUGUAAACAUGUCAGAAAAAGUACCACAUACACAGCUAUGAGACGACUUAAUAUUAAGGUAUUAAUAUUAAUGUAUACUGUAUAGUAUAAAUAUAUGUAUAAACUAAACAUAUAUAUUAUAUAAAAUAUUCUAUAUUAUAUUAUACAUCAUUAGACUGUAUUAGACUCUAUGCCCACCUCCCCCUCUAUUGGAGUUUACUACAUGUAAUUUCUUAUUUAUCCAGUCAAUUAUAAUAAGUAAGCCUGCCUUUACUCCAUUAUUGCUGCAUAAUCUAGCAACAUGUUUAUUCUUACCAUCUGGAUCACAGCAUCCUUUGCUUUUCACUCUGGAAUUUGUGAAAUUCGAAGAUAUUGUGAUUUUGUAUUUUUCUUUUGUUUCUUAUUUACUCAGAUGCAUUGCUUUUGCUUAUUAAUUGAUCAAUUUAAAUAUAGUAAUCAUGACAGUAGGUAUAUUAAAAAAAUAGCAAUUUUGAAAUAAAUUGUUUACUCCAUCCUGGAGAUCA